ACUAGUAACUAGUUCUGAAGUGCUCACUUGAUUCAAAUAGGGACUUAACAACAAGCACAUUUACCACAAGCAAAUCUCCAGCUUUACCUCCUAGCGAAACAUAACCUAAAAAAUCCAUCCUCUCUUCUCAAUUCAUAAAUUACUGUAUACUUUCAUAUACCAAAUAUACUUUUCAAAAUGAGUACCUCUACUAGACGCGGUGCAAGCUCUCGUUCUACUAUUACUACCUCUUCAACCUCUGCUUCAGCAAGCUCAUCUACUUCUAGCAAUAAAAGUGUCUUAUCUAAGACUAAUGCUACUAGUAGUAGUGCAAAGAGGAUCCAGAAAGAACUUGCCGAGAUCAGUCUUGAUCCUCCUUGCAACUGCAGUGCUGGUCCUAAAGGUGACAACUUAUAUGAAUGGGCGUCCACCAUGAUGGGUCCUACUGGUUCGCCUUAUGCUGGUGGUAUUUUCUUUUUAGAUAUCACUUUUCCGCAAGAUUACCCAUUCAAACCUCCAAAGGUGGUGUAUCGCACACGCAUCUAUCACUGUAACAUCAAUUCCUCAGGUCAAAUUUGCCUCGACAUUCUUAAAGACAAUUGGUCUCCCGCCUUGACAAUUUCCAAAGUCUUGUUAUCGAUAUGCUCACUAUUAACUGAUGCCAAUCCACAUGAUCCGUUAGUUGGAAGCAUCGCACAUCAAUAUUUGAAUGACCGUGAGGAACAUGAUAAAAUUGCUAGAGAAUGGACUAAACGUUAUGCAUCUUGAUUGGUGUAGAUUUCGCGUCAAGGUUGGUGUUUUUUAUUUUAAAUCUAGACUUAAUUGAUAAAUAAAUGUAUUGUUAGAUGUAUCCUGAACCGAAAUCAAAAAAAAAAAUUUAUUCUUAAUUUUCUCUUUAAAUAAUAAAUAAAUAUUGUGCACUUAUAACAAAGAGUAAUAAUUUACUGUC